CUUCACGGUCUACUGCGCCGAAAAGGCUCGAGAAAAUACCGCUUCCAUACCAUUGCUCAUGCUUAUACACUCGAUCCUGCUCCGAUCUCUCCCUGGUUAAGGUUCUGACAUGUCCUCGUUGCGGCUGAGGUGGGUAAGCACUUCGCCGGUAAUGGAGUAGGGUUCUCGAUAAAUACAGGCAUCCGCCGAAAUCAAGCGUGUGCACGAGUGUAGACUGCAAACAUGGCGGAGGGUAAGGUUGGUUUCCGUGUGUUGAUCGUGGGAGGAGGGAACUGUGGACUCGCCAUUGCCACGGGUCUCAAGAAGGCCGGUAUAUCGUACACUGUAUUUGAGCGAGACACAGAGGAGACGUUCAAGGACAGUGUCCGCAACUGGGGAAUGGUCCUGCAUUGGGGAACAGAGUACUUCGAAAAGCUACUUCCCGACCAUCUCUUGUCUCGCAUCGAAGAGACCCGCGUCGAUCCCUCCAUCGAUGCACUUUCGUCCGUACCUCAGAUCAAGGCCGAUACGGGCGCGGUAAUGUAUGCAAUUCCUAUGCCCGUCGCCAACAGAGUAUCUCGUGCCAAGAUCAGAAAGCUGCUGCUGGGUGACGGUCUUGAUAUCAAGUUUGGCAAAAAGCUCCAGUCCAUUUCCGUCGAGGGCCCCGGGGUUUCGCUGGCAUUCGACGAUGGCAUUGUCGAGUCUGGCGACAUGGUCAUUGGCUGCGAUGGCCCCAACUCUGUCGUUCGUAAGUUCUUGGUAGGGGCCGAAGCGGCUCAGGGGCAUGAUGUUGGUGGCACCAUGAUCAACGCGGUUGGGGAGGGCUAUUCGCCUGCCGAAGCACGUCUCUUGCGAUCGCCCCAUCCUAUCAUGCAACUCGGUUACGACCAUCCUGCAGUGGACGGCGCAGCGCUGGUGGCUGCGUUGGACAUUCCGGAUCCCCAAGACCCUGCACAGUGGAAGUUCCAAGCGUACACCUCCUGGGCCGGCCCACCGUACGCCAAAGACCUGCAAGACCCCAAGGAGCGAAUGACAUACGUGCGAGAGCGGAUGGCGCAUUUCUGCGAACCAUUCCGAACGGCUUUUUUGGCUCUCGCCGAGGACAAAGUCUUGCCGGUGUAUGCGGCUAACCAGUGGGCGCCGCGAACGAAAUGGGACAACUACCGGGGAAGAGUGACUCUCGCAGGCGAUGCUGCGCAUUCCAUGUUGCCGAAUCGCGGCCAAGGCUUAAACAAUGCCCUGAAAGACGCUUCGGACCUGGUCGAUGCGAUUAAAGCAGCAGUCGCAUCAGGCUCUUCAGACUUAUCCGAAGGCAUCACUGUGUACGAAGAGGAAAUGCGAGCGCGAGGCACAAAAGAAGUCGACUUGUCGUAUGAAGCAUGGAUGACGACGCGCAACAAGAAGACAUUCGACAGCCCCUUAUUCAAAUUUGGAUACACCAGGACAUGAGACUUGAACGACGAUGAUUCACACAUA